UGGUAAGUUAAGGCUGAGCUGAAACUAACAGGAGUGCCUCUCUCUGUUGUAUGAUGCAUAUUUUCAUCACUCUUUUUUUAUACACUAUGACUCCAAUUUAUAUGACCUCAAGUGUUCCAGUAAAAGCUGAAGUCAAAAUCCUGACCACAGAAAUCCAGAAGACUGAAUCUAUCAUGAUUAAAUGUCAAGGGGACCAGGCAGUAAAAGGAUUUUGUUAUUUUUAUAAAAAUGAAGCUCUUUUCUUUUCGGAGGUAUACAUCACAGAAGAAAAAGCCUGUGUGAUGACUUUGUUUGGGUACCAGUUGUUGGAUCAAAGAACAAUAAAGAGUGUCACUCAGGUGAAUGUGAGCUGUGAAAUUAAAGUCAUAGGAAAUGAUGACAAAUGGACAUCACGCCGCAGCAGGAAGUUGACACUAAAUAUAAAUGAAAACUUAAACAGACCUGCAUUGAGUGCAACGUCUCACAUAACUAGAAAAGAUGCAGCAAUAACGCUGACUUGUGAAUUGCCUCAAACAUUCCCUGAAGCUCACUGCCAUUUCUACAGAGAUGACGAUUUGCAUCCAUUCAAGUCAAAGAGCUCAGAAGAUAACAAGUGUGAGCUGUCUGUGAAUGGACAUGAACUGCUAGGAGGUCGAACUGCAGGGAUGGAGACUGAGAGUCAAGUAAGGUGUGACUACACUCUGAAUAUGAGCCUGGAGAUCCAUUCACAGUACAGCAAUUACACAAGCAUUAUAGUACUGGAGACUACCUGCAGUGUGGAGUGCACCUUAGUAGCUAAAGGAAUUGCAACUGGGUCAUUUUUCAUUUUUGUGGUUUCCCUUCAUCUAUAUGCUCAUCUUAGAUACAGUAAGUAAAAGAAGGGUAGUGAGAGUGCCACUGAUCAGCAGAUGGUGCCUGGACUUUUGAACAGAAAACAAGGUUUCUCUCUUUUAACAUUUACUAGAGACUCAGAUAUUAAAGAUAUUACAUUUGUAUGCAAUAUAAAACAUUGAAUCAAGAAUGUUUACCUAAUCAGCAAUUAAUCUUUGUUGGUGUCUUAUACUAUUUGGACUUAACAUUGCGGUAAAAGAAAUCUAGGCACGUUACCAAACUGGUACUAUAAUACUCCAGUCUUCGGUUUAGAAAUGGUGGACACACCAUCUCAUUUCCUUCUUGGUCAUAUUUCAGUGUUCAUGUCCUUCAUCUUUGAUACCUCAGGGCUUUGCAUGUCUGUAUUGCUAAGAAGCAGAUUUAACAUUUAAUUUCAUCUUUCUUCAGUUAGUUUCAUCUUGUUUUAUUUGUAUUUCUUUGCUCCGUUCCACCCAUUCAAACACAGCUUCUUCCCUGUGUGCCAUUUUGACUUUACUGUUAAGUUUUCAUGUAAUUUCGCCUCAAUUUAUACUAAAAUAAUAUGUUUAAAAUGUAAGUCUUUCUUCCAAAAUCAUAAUCAUCAGCAUAUUCUGCAAAUGCAGAUCAUAUUAUUACCAGAACCCCUUCCAUAGAACACAUUACUCCUGUCCUUCAACAGCUUCACUGGCUUCCUAUUAAAUAUCACAUUGAUUUUAAGAUUCUGCUUAUUACUUACAAGACUCUUCAUAAUCUGGCACCUUCUUAUCUUUCUGAUCUUCUUCACAUCACAAAUUCCUUCUCGUAUCCUUAGAUCUUCUUCCUCUAUCAAUCUUAUUAUAUGUCCUGCUCGGUUAACUACAAUGGGGUUUAGAGCUUUCAGUUAAGUGGCCCCUUGCCUCUGGAACUCUCUCCCACAAGACAUUCAUAAUAUCGGCUAUCUUUCUACCUUUAAAAAUCUCACU